AAAAAAUCGAUUUUUUUAAGUCUGUAAAGCAGACUACUGCCUUAAUGAGUAUCUACCAGGUCCAAACCGAAUGGCUGUAUUUUUUUGGGAAGUAAACGUACCUCUUGAAAGUGUGUUUAACCAUACGGCUGCACAGAUGCAACAAUUAUAACAGCAAGAUGAGCUUGUCCAAGCGUUGAUUUCUAUGCUCCAUAGCACACACGCUAUGGUUUAGAUACAGCAUCUGAAGACUACUUUAUUAACAAUCAUUCACAGGGCAACUUUAGUUGAAAUAACAGAAGACUAUGUUACUGUUUAAGAACAUUUUGCUUACUCACAGAGGUAAAUUUAAAAGCUAAUGAAGCUUAAAGAUUUAUUGUUAUCAUAUAACAUACUUAGGUUUUCUCGGGAAACAUUUUAUCUCAAACCAUCUUUGCGUGUGAAUGAUUUACAGUUUCUGCUUAGUCUGAAGGUGCAUCGAAAAUGAAUUUCGAUCCAAGUAUCCAAUAAUUUUGAAGAAAAACGAAUGUUAGUAGUCGUUGGUUGUCUGCUGUAAAAAGUAUUCAAAUAUUAUGUUGGGGAAAGUGAAACCCAGAAUUGUUGUCAUUUAUAUGACAAUAGGGUUGUUUUACAUAUUGCUUAAUAUUAAGGCAUCUUCCACGUUCAUGAGAUCAAAACGACAGAUGUGGUCUGUAGAUCAUCCAUCGAUUGUCUUAUAUCGACAACAUCCAAGCGCUAUGCGAAAGUUUUAUUGGUAUAACACCAGGACACCAAUUUUAGUAGGAAAAAUGAGACUGAAAAACUAUAUGCGCAGCAUGCAUAUGCUGCCAAGAUAUAUGCCUUCACCCGCUCAAUAUCACGAGGCCUAUGCCAAUUCAAAGAGAAGCGUCUUUAGAGACUUGAAUAAUGUUCACGGAUUUAAAGUAACAUCAACGCCUGCUACCACAGUGGAUUACGUUGCAGCGCCAGUUAAUGUCAUCGAAUAUAGUACAGCUCCAGUAAGCCCUCCUGUGGAUUUUAAUUUCCCCCCCGUUAACGCCUUCAUACCGCUAACGGCUAAAACACUGUCAAAUUCAGAACGCUGGAAUCCAUCCAACUUUUCCAAUGAAAAUUGGAAAAAGUGUCCAGAUCAAAUCUAUACAGCUGGUAGUGUUUCGGAAAACUGUUUUAAAAACACUUUGCAAGAUAUUCCAAAAGACCAAUAUAGCUCGCACACUAUAGAAUUACCAGUCACUACAACAACUACAAUGCCCUAUUUUAAUUAUGUUGCUCAUACCUACUUUACACUUGACGAUGUAAUUUUACCCCAUUCUUCAUCCAAGUUCCAUAAGCCUGACACCAAAGAUCAACACACAUUUCUACCCAGUCACCAAGUAUUUACUACAGAAAUUCCCCAAGAGACUUUUACGGAGAGAUUUCAGCGCACCACAGAGCCAAUCCCAACCACCACUUCAACAACCGUAGAAGCUGUAACACCAACAAGAACAACUUUUUUGGAUAAGAAUUAUAGCACCAGACCAAGUUGGUUCAGUCCAACCACCUUUACCACAAUCACAACGACAACAGAACCGUCUGCUUUUAAGAACCCCCCAACCUGGACCACGUCGGAACCUGUAAAAAUUACCUAUCCCCCAGCGAAUGUUACAAAAGAGUCUUUCAAACAUAGACUAAAAUCCAUUAAGGCUACUAAAAACUAUUCUUCAAAUAUUGAAACAAAAUUGAAACUGUUAAAGCUUCAUUUGAAAAAUCUCGUUACCACAAAGGAAACCCCUAGAAUCAUUCAAAAUCUAACCACAUCAGCUGUUUUCGAUAACACCACAAUGCCCGAUUCUACGACCACUUCAACCCCCGUAACCAGACGAACAAAUAUCAACCGAAAACUAAGAAAACUCCGGGUUUCAGCUUCAACUAAAAAGGUUCCGAUCCAAGUAUCAAUUAACUUACCAAAUUCCAAUGCCAAAAUAGAGCAAAAAAAAUCAAAAAGAAUUUAUCAAAGACGCAAGUACUUGAAUACCACUGCAGCGCCAGAACCAGUGAAAAACACAACAAUUGCUAGCACCUCGAUCAACAAGUUCAGGCGCCGAACAACAGCCACCUCGCGAAAAACAGCAAUUGUCGAUGAAAAGUUAGCCGUUCGAAAUUCAACGAACGUAUUCAGUCACACUAUUGCAAAAUCUCGCUCCGAUGGAGUACCGGAGGAAAAAUCCGCCUUAGUCACAGAAUCCGCCAUUAUGACUAUUUCCAGUGGCAAUGUAAAAAUUAGACAGCCAUUAACAAAAGUAAACCGGAAACAGCACAGCGCCAGAAAAAUUAAACAUUUGGAUAACGAUAAUUUUAUACCGACUCUGCCCAUUGAAGUAUAUUUUAAAAAAGUAAAUCAACAAUAAAUACCAAAGUUUUGAAGAAAUGCUUAUAAAUCUUGUAAAUUAACUAAAAACUAAAAAAAUAUUAUUUAUACAUUAAAAACA